AUGAUAAUGGUCAGAAAGUAGGAAAUUGGGUAGAACCUUAAGAAGGAUAUUGGAAGUAAUAAAAUUAAUAGGUUUAAAUCAGUUUAUGCCAAAUUUACUUUAUUAUAAUAUAAUCAAGGAUUCAGAUAAGGAAAGUGGAUCCAUCAAUACGAUGACAAAAUUAUGUAAAUAUAAAGUAAUUUUUAGAAGAGGAGGAUUGUAUAACAAAGAAGGAUAGAAGGAAGGAUUAUGGAUUGAAUUAAAUGAAAAUUAUGAUAGGUUGUUUAUUGUGAUUAUUCAGAAAUUUAAAGGAGUAUAUUACAAUAAUCACAAAAUUGGAAUUUAGGUUUAUUAAUUUUAUGAAUCUAAUCAAAAUAAUUCUAUUAAAAUUUAUCUAUAACUUAAUAGAUUUUAAUAGAAUUGGUGUCUAAUAUAAUGA